CUUUCUUCCAUACCAACACCCAAAAGCUUCUUCCUUAGGAGAGAGAAAAUACUCAGAAACACAUACACAGAGGAGAGAGAAACUAAGGAACAACAAACCCAAAUUGCUCAACUUUCGUCGCUUUCCGAUCAUACCAAUUUGUCGGAAAUAUACCCCAAUUUAUUUAUAAUUUAUCAAUCAAAUCCAGAUACAAACCCUAGAAUUUUUUCUUAUAAAAAAAAGGAAAAAUCUUCGCCCCAAAAAAAUAAAAAUCAGAGAUGAUUUUAUUCCCAAUUUGAAUGGAAACCCUAAUCAUCUUCCUCCUUUUUAAUCAAUGGCGUCUUCUCCUAUUUCCCUCACCACUUUCCGCUUCUCUCUCUUCUUCGCUGCCGGUUGAUCGCCCCUUUAAUCAACUACCUUCUUAAUCUCCGUUUUUUAUUUGAUUAAACCUGUAAAAUAGAGAAAAUCUGCCAAUUUGUGUUUUUGUUGGUUUGCUGUAAAGUUGUAGAAGUAUACCCUGUUUUUUUUUGAAGUUAUGGGAAGCUCAGAGAGUGGUGGGGUGAGGGACGGUGGGGCGGGUUCAAUAGUGUGGGUUCGGAGGCGAAACGGGUCGUGGUGGCCGGGGAAAAUACUCGGUCCGGAUGAGCUUUCGGCUUCUCAUCUUAUGUCACCUCGAUCUGGAACUCCUGUUAAGCUUCUUGGUAGAGAAGAUGCUAGUGUGGAUUGGUAUAAUCUCGAAAAAUCAAAGCGCGUGAAGGCAUUUCGAUGUGGUGAGUUUGAUGAUUGCAUUGAGAGAGCUGAAGCCUCCCUGGGACUUCCUGCAAAGAAACGUGAAAAGUAUGCCCGGAGAGAAGAUGCCAUACUUCAUGCUCUUGAACUUGAAAAACAAUUUUUUGAAAGAAAAUAUGGGAAAUCAGGUAGCACUCAUUUGAUUCGAGAAAAACCAUUCGAUUCUGAGAGAAAGGAUUUAAUUAGAUCAUCUGGAGGUUUGGAAAAUGGCAAUGGGAAACUCGUAAACCAUGAAUUACGUCAACUUGGCAGGACAGUUGAUAUAUCUAAUUUAAUGGAGAGAAAAGGUGUGUCCAUGUACACACAUAAAGCUAUAGAUGGAACUCAUCCAAGUUUAGAAGAGAGUGGCACUGAUUUAAGCUUUCAAGUAAGAGGGUUGCAUGGUUUUGGGCUGAAGGAAGUGGCUACACCUAGAACAAUUUACAAUUCGGUUGUGCCUGAGGAAUCUAAAAAAAUGGCAGUUGAUGGUCAUGUAUAUGCUGCCCCAACAACUGACCCUUGCUUUGAGAAUUCUAGUGAUUCAGAUUCCAGGAAUUCCCUUGGCAAGCGGAAGCGGUCGCUAGAGUGCUUAAUUGAGGAGCCUGUUCCUAAAAAACGAGAUAGGCUGCAUUCCUUUGUCAAAGUCAGGCAAAAUAAUGCAAAGUCACAUGCUAGUUUUUUGCAUCCCGAUGUGCACAGAAAGGAAAUUCCCGUAGAUGGUAUUCAUCGAUCUAUGUACUUUCCAUCCGAGUCGCAUGAGAUAUUUGUUACCAAGCAAGGAGGCCAGAUGGAAACGCCACUUUCCCAGCUUGAUAUGGGCAACUUUCGAUCUAAGCGUGGCACUUCUGUAGAAGAGACUACUUCUGGAUCAUCAGAAGAAACUGAAUCUGAUUCAUCCGAGACCCAUUCUCUAGAAGCACAUGUGGAGGCCGGCGCAAUGCUUUCAGAUGCUGAUACGUGCAUCAGAACACAGCCAAGAAUGCUUGAUAGAUUGCAAAUGCAAGCGGGUCAUGAAAGUACGAGCGGCGAUGAAUCUGAUGAGCUGUCACUCGAUGAGAGGUCUCAGUUUUAUUUUCAUGAUCCAAGUCCUGCAUCCGGGGUUUCUAAAUGGCAGUUGAAAGGGAAAAGAAAUGUUCGCCAUAUCAACAAGAGACCUGUAGUAGACAACAGAUUCACUUCUGGAUCAUAUCUUGAAACAGGGGGUAGUAGUUCAAUGAGCCACAGGGCACCACCAAAUCAUGGCUUGAGUUACUAUCAUGACAAUGGCUACACCAAUGAUACUGAUAAUAUGGACGAAGACUUUGACCCUCAUUCGCAGGGAUUAAGUAAAAGGGGUUACUUGCCAUCACAAGCUGCAGCGAGAAGGCAUAAUUUCAUUGGCCAGAAUAAUAUGAUCAAUUGGGAUGAGUUCACAUGGGGUAGGCAAUUGAGAGGAUUCUGGGAAGAGAGAGGUGGCUGUUUUGAUCCAAUGUUUGGUGGGCGAAAUGGGCAUGACUUGUUGAUAGAUGUAGACCUGAAAGUUCAAGCAAACCGCAAAGGGGGCGAGCAUGUACCUUGGGUUUCUCUGAUGAGCAGGUUAAAUGGGAAGGCAAUUAUAGGUCACCCUAUCCAAAUUGAAACCCUUGAAGAUGGAUCAACCGAUAUUCUUGUAUCAACAAGUGAUGAUGUAUUUGGUGAUGUAAGAUAUGAUGACUCUGAUAGAAGCAAAGCUGCUCCACCAGUAUGGAGGACUGCUAAGAGGACAGCCAAUUUUCGAGUGCCACGUCCUCAUCCAUCUUCUUCUUCCCAAUUGGAUGGCGAUGAAGAAGAUUCUGAUGAUCAGUAUAUUCAUCAGCUCAGGAAAGUACGGUCCAAAAAGUCACUUCCUUCAAAUUCAGUUCGAAAAGGCGGUAUUAUGACGAAAAAGACCAAGUUUCCAUUUCAAGGGAUGAAGAAGCUGACACGGAAAGUGAAUAUGUCUUCAAACCAGAAGACAAAAGCUCUGUCUUCCAUUGGUAUUGAUCAGAAGUUCCCUGUAAAGAAGAAAGAGGAGGAUACAAGUAGCUGUCAGAUUGAUGAUGGUGUGAUGAAAUCUGGGAAUUCAGAUCCUCAAAAAAUGGCCUGUAUUCCUGUCAAACUUGCUUUCAGUAGAUUACUCGAGAGUGUUGGUAGACCGCCUUCUGCACCCCCUAAUAAGGAAAGAAAUCCGGCUUAGGUACCACUCUGUAAAUUGUAAGUUGGGGAUGAAUAAUCUUUAUACCAUUUUAAUAGUCGAUACCUUGCUAAUUCUUUCGAGAUAGAAAACAGACCGCAUCAGUAUAGAUCUCCUGCAAUCUGGAGCUUAAUUAACGGAGUAUUUGCUGUCUUCGGAACAUGGAGAUGAAUCCCUUACAGGUAUAUGGCUUCUGAUAGUGAUAGUCUCAAUAGAGUGGAAAACAACUACUCUUCUUUGUUGAUCAGUAGGGAAGUUAUUAUAGUUAUACUCAGUUAUCAGUAUUUAAAGUAGCACAUUUAGUUUUGACAUGAAAAUUGUAAAGUUUAAUGUAAAUGUUUUCAAUAUUUCUAAGUAUACAUUCCUCCUUUUUUAUAUGAUAGCUUUUUAGCUUUUGUGUAA